UGGCCAAAAUAAAUUCGCGUUUAGCGACGACAUUUAGCGACGCCACAGAUAUAGGCAACAACAACUGUCACAGCCAUAACUGCAACUGCAGCCAGAACAGCAGCAGCAGAACGAGGACGAGGACAAGGAAGUUGUCGAUGAUGGCAUCGACAACAACACAAAAAACAAUGAUGUCAGCGACAUCGCCACAUUCAUCAACAGCAUCGUCGUCGUCAACAUCCCCAUCAAGGACAACGCGACGCUGGUGCCACAUAACAACAACAACACAUCCUUUAGUGCUAUACAGUUUUGUACUGCUAUUGGUGCUGCAUCCUGUAAUUUCAAAUGCUGAAAGAGAUUUUAAUUUUAAUGACUCACAGAUUCCUUUAAUCGAACCCAAAGAUGAACCCACAUUAAUUGAAGGUCAUCAUCAUCAGCAGCAGCAGCAGCACGCCGCCAGCUCACAUCAUAAUCACCACAAAACAUCGUCACAUCAUCACCAUCAGCAGCAGCAGUCGACACAUCAGGACCCCUAUGCUGUGGAAUUGUCACACUGUCAUUAUGGCGAUAAUGAGCUGGUCUUGUCGCUCGUGCUGCAAACAUAUAAUUGGCAUGACCUGAACGAAAGUCGUCGCUCUAAAGUUUUGGACAAGCUAUCCAAAUUCUUUGCCAUACCAAAGGAAUUUAUCACAAUGGAAAGUGCCAGCAAACAUGAUCUAUUCGAAAUGCAAAAGGAAUCUGUGAAAAAGGGAAACAAUAAGUGCCAUACUAAUAAUAAUCGUAAAUUGGGACGUGUUGAUUUUAUCAUCGGCUGUCAUUCUACCUAUUUCACCAUUACCGAACCUAUUGUUAAACAAAUUGAACAACAAUUUAAAGAUGGUGCUCUGGAUAAUAUUACCGGUGAGAAAUUCGGUUGGUGGGUAAUCUGGCGCAAACAUUAUAAGAACACAGCACCUGUACGUCAACGUCGUGAAGUUGAGGGAUCCGGUACCGGAGCUGGUAAUUUCGAUGAUGACAUUGAUGAAGAUGACGAUUAUGACUAUGAAGAUGAUACAAUUGACGAUACCCAACUCAAUGCUACGGAAUUAACUUCAAAUACCUUGGAAGUGGCUGGCAGCAACUCCAAUCGUGAUGAUAUCACCGCUUUAAAACAAACUGACUCCGAACCUUCAUCGGAUUCGAAUACCAAUAAUGAUCCUAAAAAACUUAACAUUGAUGAUGAGGGGAUUGAUGAAAGUGUUUCCAAAUUAGAAUCGGUUAUAACCAAGACCAUUGAGAACACACAACACAUUGAAGAUAUUCCGGAAAUUGUGGUCGAACAACCGGAAGAUGUUUUAUUGAAACAGGUGUUACAACCCGAGUCAGAAAAAUCCGCCGAUAGCAUACAAUUGAAUAGUAUCUAUGAAAAUCCCAAGGAGGAUGAAUUUAAUGUGGCCGAAGUUAUGGGUUCCAUAUCACCUCAAACCCCCUCCACCAAUUUAGAUGGAAAUGUGGUGGAAGAAAGUAUCACCACCACAUUGCCCAGCCAUCAUAAACCCGCAUCACCCACCUCAAUGUCGACCAACCACAAUCAUGACAAUCAUGCUGAAAAUAAUUUAGACAUAACAAAUCAUCGCCAUCAUCAUGCUGAACAUCAUAAUCAUCAUGGUGGUGGUGCUGAACUCACCUCUACCACAUCUCUAACCACCACACUAAUGACACCACCGCCACCCGUAAUUUUAAUCGAUUCAACAACCCAGACAAUCACAAUAGCCUCUAAUGAUAUACCACCAGCAACUGACACUUCAUCGUCCUCCUCCGCCGCAUCAUCAUCGUCGGCUACAACAACCAACACCUCGAGUACAACAACAAACCCCUCACCAAUAACAACAGCCAUAAUAAACAAACAGCCGAAUAAGAGCAAUAAAAUGAUAAAAGUCGAUGUCAAUAAAUACGAUGACGAUGAUCUUGAUGAUGACGACGAAGAUGAAGACGACACGGAAGAUGAGGAUAUUGAAAUCACUGAAGAUCUCGAAGAGUUGGCCAAACAUUAUGAUUUAAUGGAACAAUUUAAAAGCUUGACGGCAAAUAAAUCCCGGCAACAUGCUUCACAUUUGGGACAUUUGGCAGCGGAAUUGGAUCACCCGAUGGAAGGUGGUGAAAUGCAAACGACGAAGGAUAUUACAAAAGAGUUUACAAUGCAUCCUUAUUACAGCAAUACUUUACUAACAACAACCACACCACCAUCAUCGCCAACAACAACAAUAUUAAAUACACCAACUAUCACCAUCAAUUCCAUCUUCAUUAGCACGCCAAGAACAACAACAACUACUACUACCACAACAACAACAUCUACUGACACUAAUGAGUUGGAAAAUUAUAACAACAACAGCGUCUUUAAUGGCAAAAAGGGUGUUUAUUAUGAUACCACCUUGGAGCCAGAAGACAAUCAGGACUUAAGUUCCAGUAAAACGGCCUCUUCAUCAUCCACACCCUCUGAGGAUUCCAUAUACUUUGCCUCUUCGACCAAUCCUCCCACACAGACGACCACCCAAUCAUCACCAUCAUCACCCGUGCCAGCAGUUUCAACAUCACCCGAAAUACCCUCUACAACCUCGGCUGUUCCAGAUUAUAUUGAACCUAGAAUGGAAAAUACCCCGCCCAUGAUUAAAUCACGUCUACAAAAAUUGGCCGUCACCUCAGGAAAAUCCUUCAAAUUUGCCAUACCCGAAGAUACAUUCUACGAUACGGAGGAUAUGACCAAUUUACGUUUGGAAUUAACCGAUAAAGAGGGUCGUGAAUUGAAAUCGAAUUCAUGGUUGCAAUUUAAUGCGGAAACAAAGGAGGUUUAUGGAUUACCUUUGGAUGACUCUGUCUCGAAAUGGCUAUAUCGUCUUACGGCCACUGAUUCCGGCAAUGAAUCGGUUGUGGAAACCUUUGAAAUUUCAGUACAACAACAUCGUGGUGUCAGGACUGUUAAUCAUGAAGUCAACAUUGCUGUUAAGAUUAAUGAAAAGAAUAUGCACUACAUUGAUUGGCAAAUGAAACUCAUCAAAGCAAUUGCAACAACUCUGGGUGAUGAAAAUACCAGUUCUAUUGUAGUGCGUGAAAUUCGUGCCAAUCCCCAAGAUCCAUCCAUCGCCACUUUGGUUUAUUUCAAUGAAACUCUGCCGACAAGUGAAUGUCCUGAAGCCGAAUUAAAUAAUUUAGUUAAACGUUUGGAUGCUAAUCGUUUAAGUGAUUUGGUAAACCCUACCUUGGGUAUUAAAUCGAUCACCGGACAAUUGAUUGGCCCUUGCCUAAAGUCAACAGCUAAACCAAAAACUCCAACAAUCAACAAGAAUUCACCACCAGUACCACGCAAUCAAGUGGACCGUGUGGUGGCCACAGCUGGUCAUUUAUUGGUAUACAAAGUACCCAGUGAUACAUUCUUUGAUGAUGGUAAAAUUACUCUCAGCCUCAAAACGAAAGAUCACAAAGAAAUCAAUCCCACACAUUGGUUACAAUUCGACUCGAAAAAUGAAGAAUUCUACGGUAUACCCAAGGCAGGUGAUGUUGGCUCUGAAGAAUAUAUGCUCGAGGCUGAAGAUACAGGUGGCCUUACUGCCACCGAUGCUUUGGUUGUUCUCGUCAAUCCCGCACCCAAGAAAGAAUUCAGUGUCUAUUACAAGGCCUUCUUGGGUGUUAAACAUGAACAUUUCCAUGCCGAUUUACAGCGUAAAUUUGUUGAACGUAUUGCUCAAUUGUUUGGUGAUGCCUCAGCACAAAAUAUUCAAAUUCGUUCGGUGACACCGAUACAUGAUACAGACAGUACAGCGAUUAGUUUCUAUAAUACCACUUUGUAUAAAUCACAUAAUCGUUGCCCCGAAGAGGAAAUGGAAUAUGUACGCAGUGUACUGCAACAAGAUGGUGUGAUGCGUGAUCGUGUAAGGAAAGCAAUGGGUUCCGAAUUGAAUAUUACCAAUUUGCAAAUAUAUCCAUUGGCAUGUAAUGAACAAACAAAUGUCAUCCAUCGUGAUUAUGUGCCCACAAAGACCGAUGAACCCUUGCUGAAGUCCACCUUCUCUGAUGAUUAUUUGUAUACGAUUAUCCUGCCAGCUAUUAUUAUUGUAACAAUGAUUUUAAUAGCAUCAAUUAUUGCCUGCUGUCUGCAUCGCAGAAGACGCAAGAGCGGUAAAAUGGAAUUGGGUGACGAAGAAGAACGCAAAUCUUUCCGUACCAAAGGUAUACCUGUUAUAUUCCAAGAUGAGCUAGAUGAGAAGCCUGAAAUUGGUAAUAAGAGUCCUAUUAUCUUAAAGAAUGAAAAGCCGCCAUUAUUACCACCCUCCUAUAAUACCUCAAAUAUGAAUGGUGAUAAUGAUUGUGAUGAAUAUGUGCCACCGCCCGCAGUUGUGGUGGGUGGUCGCGAGGCUAGAGGGAAAUCACCGGCAACACCAUCAUAUCGUAAACCCCCACCAUAUGUAUCACCAUAA